UCCACCUGUUGCAAGGUUUUGCGCUCUAUCGGUAGCAUCUGCGUGGGGCUGCUCUGCCAGCCCAUACACACAAAGCCGCCUGCAAAGGAUCCUGAGACGGUCGCCAGUCAGGGCAACCCAAUGUCUUCAUUUUCAUUCAUACCGCACGACCUUCAUUGCCUCGGUAUAAGCGAGCCAGGCUGUGCUUCGCGUACGAGACCUUCCAAAACCUAUUCUCUCCAGGCUUUGCUUGGUAGGUCGGAAGGUCUAUCGGUUGAGGGGAGGAGACCACAGCAAGUCGCCUCAAAGUCUUCUUCUGCACAUAACAUUGCUCAGGCUCCAUUCGACGUGGUGCCGGUAGCUACACUUGGACGGCCACAUCGAACGACCGAGACUCUCAGUUGGGCCAUUCUGGACGGUGAGACAUAA